AUGUUUACUAGCAACAAAACUCAGACCAGCAUUAAUUCCCAAAAGACUACCCUUUGCUUCUCCAUUGCCGAUAAAGUGGGUGCCUUGGAGGAUUGCCUGUCAGCUAUCAAGGCUACCAACGUCUCGCUCACCCGUAUCGAGUCCCGCCCAAGCCAGACCAAGGAUUGGGACUAUGACUUCUUUAUUGAUCUUGAUGGUGUCAAUGCUAUCAAGGUAAAGGAAGUUGUCGAGAAGCUGCGUGCACACACAAAGGAUGUGCGUGUAAUUGGAGCCGAGUCCACUAAUGGAAACGUCCCUUGGUUCCCACGCAAACUGUCAGAUUUGGAUUCUUUUGCCGACAAAGUGAUGGAAAUGGGAGAGGAACUCAGCUCUGACCACCCGGGAGCAAAAGACCCAGUCUAUCGUGCUCGUAGAGCCGAGAUUACAAAGAUUGCCAAGACUUAUCGCACCGGGAUGGCCGUUCCUGAAAUCAAAUACACUGCAGAGGAGAAUGAGACCUGGGGAAAGGUUUACAAGCAUUUGACGGCCAUGUACCCCACCCACGCCUGUCGUGAACAUCUUUAUGUCUUCCCUCUUUUGAUUCAGAACUGUGGCUACGGUCCAGACAAAAUUCCUCAGAUUGAACAGAUAUCUCGUUUCCUCAAAGACUGCACUGGCUUUACAAUUCGACCUGUCAUGGGUCUACUUUCCAGCCGGGACUUUUUAAACUCGUUUGCUUUUCGUGUAUUCUACUCUACCCAGUACAUUCGCCAUUCAUCAAAGCCACUGUACACUCCUGAGCCAGACUGUUGUCACGAAUUACUUGGACAUGUCCCAUUGUUUGCAGACCCUGACUUUGCAGACUUUUCUCAAGAGAUCGGUCUAGCUUCCCUUGGUGCAUCUGAUGAAGAUAUUUCACGACUCGCUACAAUCUUUUGGUUCACAGUAGAGUUUGGUCUUUGCCGACAAGACGGAGAGAUUCGUGCAUUUGGUGCUGGUUUACUGAGUUCAUUUGGAGAAUUGGAAUACUGUCUGUCAGGAAAACCAGAAAUUCGGCCAUUUGAUCCUACAAAGACAGCAGUACAAUCUUAUCCCAUCACAGAAUUCCAGCCUGUAUAUUAUGUAGCAGAAUCAUUUAAAGAUGCACAAGAAAAGGUUCGAGAAUUUGCAGCCAACAUGAAGCGGCCGUUUUCAGUUCGAUACAAUGCAUUGACUCAAUCAAUUGAAGUACUGGACUCAAAGGAAAAGGUGGUUCGAUUUGCAAGGAAUAUUCGGGACGAUAUGAAGACUCUGACUACAGUACUUGAUUCAAUGAUGUGA